AACCAUAGUGUAUCUAGAUUCAUUGUUUCUGAAUCAAUUUAUCAUUGUACUAACAAGUCGGGUUAGCAUUUUCAUUCUUCCUCAUUACAAUGUGAACAGAAAUCCACCAACUGUAACUAAGCAACAUGGAGUUGGUGGGUACGUGGGACUCCCAAAAGUUGUUUGUUUUUCUUUUUUCUUUCACUGCUGAUAUUUCUUUUUACUGUCUAUAUUAUCAUUCGGGCAGCUCUCAUUCUUCUCUGAAGUUCAUGACCGAGUAAACCUGGCAUUGGGAUUAGAUGUGAGAGAGUGACUCAAACGAGUUGCAAAUGGCAGAAACAAUUGCACUUGUUUCCAGCGUUUUUGGUUGCCUAACCGUAGCUGUAACUCUGGCGGCACCCUGUUUUCGUGUACCCCUUACGGAAAAAUAUGAUUUAUUCAGGAAACGAGAAAAAAAACUUCGUGCUCUAUUACUUAAACUGAAAGAUCUGGAACAGAAAAGGAGUAAGGUAGAUCAGGAAUCUAAGGAGAAGGUGGUGCGUAAAUUUGUGAGAAGUUCUGAGUGGUUGCAAGAGACAGAGAAUAUUAUCAGGGAAGCUGCUGCAUGGAAGUUUGAGGAGAGUAUACAUAAGAAGUAUUGCUGUGGUCUACCCAACUAUAGGUCACAGUAUAAAGAUGGAAAACAAAUUUCUGAAAGAACUGACCGGUUGGUUGAACUAAUAACUGAAGGCGAAAAAUUCAUUAAUAUGCAAGGGUCUGAUGUGGUUGGGAAAAUGAUACGCGGAAGCAAGCUCAUGGGGGAGAUGGCAAAUGCUACAGUUGAAGAGAUAAAGAAGUGUGUAUCAGGAGAAGAGGUUGGGACGAUACGUGUUUAUGGAAUGGCUGGUAUAGGCAAGUCGAACAUUGUAUCGCAAGUUAAUGACCUGAUAUUACAUGAGGAAGAUGUUGAUGAUAACAGCACAGGAAAUGGCCAUUUUGAUAAAGUUCUUUUUGUGACUGUAAAGAAUGAGCUCGGAUCAACCAAAGCAUCCGUUGAGGAUCUGCAGAAGCAGAUUGCAGAUAAAUUACAAAUUGAUCUUCACAAGGAAAAUGGAAGUAGUGCAGAUGAUGCAUUGGCAAGUGCCUUGGCCUGGUCAAGAUUUCUGAUCAUUUUGGAUGAUAUGCAGACAGAACUCUCUUUUGAGGCAAUAGGCAUUCCAAGGCCAAACAAAGAGAAUCGAUGCAAGGUUAUAAUUGUAUCCAGAUCACUUCCGGUGAGCAGCGACACCCAAGUUGAUAAAAAGUUUGAGAUCAAACCUUUAUCUGCUGCAGAGGCACAAGAACUGUUUGAGAGUGAAGCUGGAAUUAAAUUGUCAAAUCUAGGGGAGGAUACUCGAGCCAUUGCAAAGGAGAUGAUAGAUGAAUGUGAUGGUUAUCCCAUCACAAUUAUCUUGCUGGCACGAAACUUGAAAGAAUUGAUGACCAAUGAUUCUGAUGAUGUUGAUAAAGUAUGGAAGACAGCUUUGACUAAGCUGAAGGAUUCUCCAGUUCGUUUAGAAAGCAUGACUAAGAGGGCAUUUACUCGUUUGAAGCAUAGUUAUGACAUGUUGAGUAAAGAAGCUCAGCAAUGUUUCCUCUAUUGUGCAUUGUACCCGUCUGGCCAUGAAAUCGAAAAAAGAGAGUUGGUGGAGUAUUGGUUUUGGGAGGGUUUAUUGGAUACCAGAAAGAGAGAUGGAAGGAUAGAAGAUAUGAUACAAGCAAAAGAGAUCCUUGAUGAGCUCGUAGCAUCUUACCUUCUGGAAACAGUCAGUCAAGAAGGGGGCAAAGAAUCCAUUAAGAUGCGCAGCUUAGCUAAGCAUAUGGCAAUCCACCUGACCAAAACAAGCCCUCAGUUUCUCACCAAAGCUGGAGAAGAGCUAGAAAUGUUUCCACAAGGGGAGUGGCUUCAAGAUGUUGAGAGAGCCUCAUUGAUGAGAAACCAGUUUAAGUUUCUUCAGGGAGAACCCAAAUGGCCCAAGCUAACCACAUUACUUCUGCAGCAUAACCCCAUAGGUUUAUACUUGCAUGAGAAUUUCUUUCGUAGUAUGCCUAAUCUCAAUGUUCUUGACCUUUCUUACACUGAUAUCACUUCCCUUCCAGAGUCAUCUUUUUCUAAAUUGACAAAACUGAGUGCACUUCUCUUGCAUCAUUGUCGCAACCUAAAAACCCUACCUUCUUUGGAACAGUCCAAGAAACUCCUUGUUCUUGACCUUUCUGAUACUCCUGUAGCAGAAUUACCAGCUGGGAUGAAGAAAAUGACCAAACUUAUUCGCCUAAACCUAUCUCGCACCAAUGUGAAGAUAUUUCCAUCCAAGUUAGCACCUGCAUUAGCACAUCUGGAAGAACUGUUGAUGAUAAUUAAUGACUCAGGUUUUUAUUGGGGAUCAACCAAGGGAGCACAUAUCAGCGAGCUGAGAUCCUGCCAAAAUUUAGCUAUUCUCCAUGCCAACUUCCUAAAUGCAGAAACAUUUGUUAGCUAUGUUGAUAAUCAUCUUUGUCCGCCCAGUUUCAGGUUUGGUGUGGGUGGCUCUUGUGAAGAAAAGUUACCUGAAAACAGCAUAGUUUUCAAGGGUAACUUCCUUGUGAAUGGAGAACCAGUCUCACUCCCAGAACACACAUCCGAACUGCAUGUCAUAAGCAAUGAGGAUCUACCUUGCUUGCAAGUUAAUUGUCAUCUAAAGAACCUGAAGGUCAUUAACAUUUGUGACUGCAGAUGUUUGGUCCAUUUAUUCACCAUUGACAUGUUAGGGAAUCUUCCAAACCUUGAAACCAUUUUAGUCGAGAAAUGUCCAAAGAUUGUGAGCUUGAUAGAGCCAGAAGAAUCUGAUGACAUAAUUAAGGGGAAUUUG